CGAUUGUUCCUGCCCCUUCCACAUUCUGAGUCAGUCGAGCUCAGUGCCUGAUAGUUGGUGAGCGGCUGGUAUGUUACUGUAAGGAGCUGCGAAUAAAUACCACAGGAGUUAUCCAGAAAGGAGGGGGCAGUCUGAGCGAGAAAGAGAGCUAGCGAGGCGGGGGGUGGGGGGCUCUCUUUCCGACCCAGAGUCACAGCGGUCCACACAGAAUAUGGCGGAGCAGCACUCAGUCACCGACAGCAAGCACAAGGCUUCCGUGAAUGCCGGGGACUCAAUGCUGAGCAACAGCCGGCCGAAACCCGCUGCAGCUGCAGCUGGAGGCCUCUCCGGUGGUCUUACCCAGCCUGCUGGUUGGCAGUCCUUGCUCUCAUUCACCAUUCUAUUUCUGGCCUGGCUUGCAGGCUUCAGUUCCAGACUUUUUGCCGUGAUCCGUUUCGAGAGCAUCAUACAUGAGUUUGACCCCUGGUUUAACUACAGAUCAACACAUCACCUCACAACAAAUGGGUUCUAUGAAUUUUUAAACUGGUUCGAUGAGCGAGCAUGGUAUCCUCUGGGAAGGAUCGUAGGGGGCACAGUGUAUCCAGGUCUGAUGGUCACAGCAGGCCUUAUCCAUUAUGUGUUAAACCUCCUCCACCUCACAGUCCACAUUCGGGAUGUGUGUGUCUUCCUGGCGCCCGUCUUCAGUGGCCUCACAUCCAUCUCGACCUUCCUGCUGACUAGAGAACUGUGGAACCAGGGAGCUGGCCUCUUAGCUGCCUGCUUCAUAGCUAUAGUCCCAGGCUACAUCUCCCGUUCAGUCGCGGGAUCUUUUGAUAAUGAAGGCAUUGCAAUUUUUGCACUUCAGUUUACAUAUUACCUUUGGGUGAAGUCUGUAAAAACUGGCUCCAUGUUCUGGGCGAUAGGCUGUUGUCUAUCUUAUUUUUACAUGGUGUCUGCAUGGGGUGGUUAUGUGUUCAUCAUUAACCUGAUCCCUCUGCAUGUCUUUGUGCUGCUCCUCAUGCAAAGGUUCAGCCGCAGAGUCUAUAUAGCUUACAGCACGUUUUACAUUGUAGGGUUGGUGCUGUCCAUGCAGAUCCCGUUUGUUGGGUUCCAGCCUAUAAGAACAAGUGAACACAUGGCAGCAGCAGGUGUAUUUGCGUUACUUCAAGCUUAUGCCUUCCUGCAGUAUCUUAAAGACCGGCUAACUAAACAGGAGUUUCAGACGUUGUUUUUCCUUGGAGUUUCGCUGGCUGCUGGAGUGGUGUUCCUGACUGUCAUCUACCUGACCUAUACAGGGUAUAUUGCACCAUGGAGCGGCAGGUUCUAUUCACUGUGGGACACAGGGUAUGCCAAAAUUCAUAUCCCGAUCAUCGCUUCAGUGUCCGAACAUCAGCCCACCACUUGGGUUUCCUUCUUUUUUGAUCUGCAUAUCUUGGUCUGCACGUUCCCUGCAGGCCUUUGGUUCUGUAUCAAGAACAUUAAUGAUGAAAGGGUCUUUGUGGCCCUCUAUGCAAUCAGCGCAGUGUAUUUUGCUGGAGUGAUGGUGCGGCUGAUGCUGACAUUGACCCCAGUGGUGUGUAUGCUGUCUGCCAUCGCUUUCUCCAAUGUCUUUGAACACUAUCUGGGGGACGACCUAAAGAGGGAGAACCCGCCCACAGAGGACAGCAGUGAUGAAGAUGACAAAAGAAAUUCUGGAAACCUCUACGAUAAGGCUGGCAAGGUGAGAAAGCAUGUAUCUGAACAGGAGAAGAUGGAGGAAGGACUAGGCCCCAACAUCAAGAGUAUAGUCACCAUGCUGAUGCUUAUGUUGUUGAUGAUGUUUGCUGUCCACUGCACUUGGGUCACUAGCAACGCUUAUUCCAGCCCUAGUGUCGUCCUGGCAUCUUACAAUCACGAUGGCACGCGGAACAUCUUGGAUGAUUUCAGGGAAGCGUACUAUUGGCUUCGGCAGAACACAGAUGAGCAUGCACGAGUGAUGUCAUGGUGGGACUAUGGUUAUCAGAUAGCAGGGAUGGCCAACAGGACGACUCUGGUGGAUAACAACACCUGGAAUAACAGUCACAUAGCGCUGGUUGGAAAGGCCAUGUCUUCGAAUGAGAGUGCAGCUUACCAGAUCAUGCAGAGCCUGGAUGUGGAUUACGUGCUGAUCAUCUUCGGGGGAGUGAUCGGAUACUCUGGGGACGACAUCAAUAAGUUUCUGUGGAUGGUCAGGAUAGCAGAAGGAGAGCACCCCAAAGACAUCAGGGAAAGUGACUAUUUUACACCCCAGGGUGAGUUUCGUGUGGAUAAGGCUGGCUCCCCCACCCUGCUGAACUGCUUAAUGUACAAGAUGUCCUACUACAGAUUUGGAGAGAUGCAGCUUGAUUUCCGGACGCCCCCUGGAUUUGAUCGCACGAGGAACGCUGAGAUUGGAAACAAGGACAUCAAAUUCAAGCACCUGGAGGAGGCCUUCACCUCCGAGCACUGGCUAGUCAGGAUUUAUAAAGUGAAGAAGCUGGACAACCGGGAGAUUCUGGAUCACAAACCUCGGAUCACCAACACCAUUCCCAAACAGAAGUAUUUAUCAAAAAAGAUUGCCAAAAGGAAGCGUGGACACAUCAAGAAUAAACUAGUUCUGAAGAAAGGCAAGAGAUCUAACAAAAAAGCAGUUUAAAAAUAAAUAAAUAGCAGUCAUCUGGAAUCCCUGACUGUCUUUGCCUUGAGCUGAAGUCCUAUUCUACAAAACAGUGGGGUACAGAACUACCAUCUCUUCAGAGUUUAUAUGGAGAUUCAGAUUGGAGCUGAUAAGAGAAAUGCAUUGGUUUGAUGAGGACUACUCUGUGUGUGUGUUUCUCUCUCUCUUUUUUUUUUUUUUUUUUUUUUUUUUAAACUUGAAUGUGCUGGCAAGGCAGAAAGCUGCAGCCAACCACAAUUAUUUUGUGGCAAAUAUUAUAUAAUCCUAUAAAUCUACAAAAAAAAAACAGUUAAAUUGGACAGAUUGCACCAAAGAACCCUCUCUUAUUUUGUACUCGGCACAUGUAAACUUGUUACCUUUUUAAAUAAAAACAUCAAAUCAUACUUCACUGUAGGGUUCAUUUAAAGAUGUGUUCCAGAUGUGUGUACUGACAAAGCAAUAUACGAAAUGGAGGAACGUCAUACGAGCGCUAGAGUUGUACUGUGUCGUUUUUAGGUUUAUUUUGUCAGUCUUUUCUAAAAAAAAAUGUUUACCAAAUGUAAAUAUGUUAUCUAAAUAGGGUUAUAUAAUAUAUUGGAUUUUUUUUUUUUUUUUUUUUAAAUAUGCAUAAUGUUUGUUGCUUUUUUUUUAUAGCAGUUACUGCUCUCCUAUUCCUUGCCAGAAUAAAACAAAAAGUCUAAUUGAUGUAAUAACCUCUACAUAACCUGCUGCUGUGAAAUUACUAAGACUGACCAAACCUAGUAAGGUGUGCUUUUGAAAGCUGCAUUCUUUUGCAUAAAAUGAAAUGUCUGUUAACCUUAAAAAAAAAAAAAAAAAAUUGCAGGCCAAACAGGGUCUGACUAAUACAUACAGUGUAUCUAUCUGCCGUCAACAGCUUUAAUAGCAAGCCUAACUAUCCCCAUAAAUAUUGCACGUCUGUAUAUUAUAAUAGGAAGAGAGCUGUCCAUUUUUGAAAAGGUGACAAGUCUACAAAUCUCAGACUAUGUAGGAGAGUAGAGGGUUUCUAAUGUAAUUGUUCUCCAGUUCAAUACUGCUUACAUCUUAGGGGUUUUUUGUGUGUGUGUGUGUGUGUGUUUUUUUUUUUUUUUUUUUUUUU